GAAUGCGGUUUUGGGGAGGGAAAUAUCGCAUCCGGAGACGGGCACACGGACGACCUGGUCAGAUGCUAUUUGGCGGUUGGCACCGCUUCACUUGCCACAGUGUGUUUCGACUCGUUUGUCUCCAGGCCGAGUGUGUGUGUGUGUGUAGUGCAGCAAAUUGUAACAGUAACACUAACAGCAGUUUGUGGCAAAAAAAAAAAAUUUAUAAAAAUAAGAAAAAAUUCCAAUCAACGUAACAAGAAGGAAAAAUUUCAAAACUGACUGGUAGUCAAAAAAAAAAAAAAAGAAUUCCAAUCGAAACGAGGUGACAGGCAACACACGAAAAAACAACCAUCAAAUUUUUUGUCAAAUAGCCAAUAGCAAAAAAUACUAAUAGCGAUUAGAGAGAGCAUCCCAAUAAUACGUACCUGGCCAUUGCAAUUUCAAUUCAAACAAAAAAAUAAAAUAAUAAAAUUUGCAAAAAAAAAAAAACAAAAAAAUUAUGACUUCGUAAGUGCCGCGUCGCUCUCCCACACACCAAAAAAAAAAAAAAAAGAAACCACCAUCCUAACCCGCAGAUCCUCCCGCAACUACUAUCCCAGCAUCCAGAGAGACUCUUAAAAAAAAUUAAAUUUCAAAAAAAGAUAGAAGGAAAAAUUGUAGAGCGGCAGAGGCAGUUGCGGCAUUCAUAUAUAUAUGUGUGUGCGUGUGCGUGUGUAAGGUGUGGUGUGUAUAGAAAAUCGAUUGGAAAUUGAAAUCGAACCGAAAACGCGCCGCGUGUGUGCCGUUACGCGAUUUCUUAGCAGCAGCAGCAGCAGCAGCGGCAGUAGAAGCAGCAGCAGCGGCAGCAAAAAUUUUGUUAAAUUUUUUUUUUGCUGUGAGCCCUCCAGUGAGUGAAAGGGAUAUAUAUAUACAAAUAUAUACAGAAAGAAAGAGAAGAGAAGAGAGCUUGCAAGCAACAACAACUCUCUCCAAAAAUAUUAAAAUAUAAUAUUAAAAAUUAAAAAAAAAAAAUAUGGAUAAAUCGGCGGCCACCAAUUCGGCUACUACGGCCGAUGGCCAAAAUGAGGCAGCAACAGCAACAACAACAACAACAACAGCAUCAGCAUCAGCAGCAGCAGCAGCAUCUUCGGCCGGCAGCGCAGCUGGGUGUGGUAGCAACAGCAACGCCGGCAACACCAACAGCAACAACAAUACUGGCGGCGGUAGCAACGCCUUACAGCGCUUGGCAACAACAACUGCAGCAGCAGCAGCAGCAGCAACAGCAGCAGCAGCAGCAGCAGCAGUGGCAGCAACAGCAACCGUUAAUCUAAACAUCAGCACCAGCACCGGCGGCAACUUUGGCGUCAGCGUCGAGCCGCACAUCAGCAUCGAGAGCCUGAAGAAGAUUAUUGCCAAAAAGCUGAAGGUGGCCAAGGAUCGUAUACGAUUGUUGCAUCGAGAAAAGGAACUACAGGAUGGCACACUUAAAGAUCACAAUCUAAUGGAUGGCUCUAAGAUAUUUUUGAUACCAAAUGUGGAAACUGGUCUACUGGCUCAGCGUCCAGAAAACACAGUUAUGCAGGCACUGGAAUCCCUCAACGACUCACAGGUGAACGACUUCCUCAGCGGCAAGACGCCUCUGAACCUGAGCAUGCGCCUGGGCGACCACAUGAUGCUCAUCCAGUUGCAACUCAGUACGGUUAACCCGGCCUCAACCGGCAGCAGUAGCGGUGGGGCAGUUACCUCAUCGACCUCCACCACGCCGGCCGUGGGAAGUGGUUGCUCCACGGCAGCAGUGACGGCAAGUGGCAGUUCCACAGCCACAUCCGCCAGCGGUGUUCCCGUUCUGGCCGUGGGAGGAGGUAGCUCUGGCUCAUCAUCGUCCUCUUCGUCGUCGAACUCCUCAUCCUCAUCCUCCUCCUCGUCGUCGUCGUCGAGAAACCGCUCGUCCGGACAACGAGCAAGUGGCAGGAUCGGCCACGGACAUGUCCAUAGUCAUCAGCAUCCCAGCCUGCAGCACGGCUCGUGGCAUGGCGGCCAUCAUCAUCAUCAUGGACAUAGUCACGGCCAUGGGCACCACAGUCACAGUCACGGGCAUGGUCACUCCUCCAGUCACGGCCAUGGCCAGCAUCACCAUCAUCAUCACUAUCACCACCACCAUCAUCAUCACAACGCCUCGGCCGUGGCGGCCGGCAGUGGUGGCGGGAUGUCCUCGCUGCGGAAGCUGUACGGAGAAAGUGCUUCCGGUUCGGGAAGUUCCGGAUCGAAUACCACCGCAGGAUCGGCUGUACAGAAUCCGGAUCUGACCAAGCUACUGAUCAAGGGAUGUCAGAGUAUUGUCGAGAAUCUGGCCAAGGACAAGGCCUCCUCCUCCUCAUCAUCAUCCGGACAGACUAUGUCGUCCAAGAGUGGAAAGAAUUUGAUGGAACAGUCACCGAUUAAGUCGCUGUCGAAUCUGGUAUCCAGUCCCAUUAAGAUGACGGCCAUCAAGACCAUUCCUCAGCCGGUGGCCAGUGCUACUUCCAACUCCAACUCCAGUUCCAGUUCCAAUCCAAUCAAUUCCACAUCGAAUUCCAGCUCCUCUGCGGCCGCCGGAUGCAGUUGCUCCGGCAACAGCUCUUCAUGUGCCACCGGCGGUUGCCAACAAGAUCCAAUUGCCGCCAAACUGACAUCCUGUCUGUGCACCCGCCUACCGCCCACACCGCUUCCACCACCGCAGGUCGCUCCUGCCGCCGUGGCAGCAGCAGCAGCAGCACCUCCAUUAACCCGAUCUGGAUCGGGUCAGCAAGCCACUGCAGUGGCAAGUAGCAGCAGCAGCAAGUGCCCCGAUGCCAGUUGCACAAAUGCCGGCUUCGCUGCCCGCUCCAUAGCCCCCGGAGCUGCGGGCGUCAUCUUCUCCGGCAACUCGAUGCUCCACAAGACGGGCAACAAUCGGAUCACUCGGCUGAAGCAUCGCCACUACCACGGACAUGGUCACGGUCAUGGGCACGGUGGACAUGGAGGACAUGGCCAUGGACAUGGUCACGGACAUGGACACUUCUAUCAGGCAACCAGCGCCUCUUCCUGCUCCUCCUCGUCCUCAUCGGCCACCUCCUCGACCUCAUCGCGUCGCAAGCUGGAGCAGGCUGUGGUGGGAGCUGGAUCAGCUGGAGUGGCAGGAUCUGCAGGUGCUGCCACAACAGGCUCUGCCACAGCAACAGCAACAGCAGCAGCUGCAGUGGUGGCGCCACCGGCCAUCCCCGAACCGGACGAUUCCACUCUGGGUGUCUCCGAUACUCGCACUCUGGCCGAGGCCUCUCGGAAUCUUACCCAGACUUUGCGCAAACUCUCCAAGGAGGUGUUCACCAACAAGAUCGAUCUGUCCGGCGGCGGUGGCAGCUCCUCCUCCUCCUCUAGUGGCAGCUCCUCUGGCAGCGGCUCCUCCGGAAGUGGCGGCAACUCGGGCAGCUCCGGCAGCGGCUCUGGAUCUGGUCACAACGGCGAUGAGACGCCGCGAAAGGGCGGCUCGGGAGCCGUCAUCGAGUCGAUGAAGAAUCACGGCAAGGGCAUCUAUUCGGGCACCUUCUCCGGCACCCUGAACCCGGCGCUGCAGGAUCGGUAUGGAAGGCCCAAGCGGGACAUCUCCACGGUGAUACACAUCCUGAACGAUCUGCUGAGUGCCACGCCCCAGUAUGGAAGGGGUGCCCGGAUUAGCUUCGAGGCUCCCAGUAGCACCGGAUCCGGCUCCUCCUCUGGCAGCUCUGGCUCGGGCUCCGGCUCCAGUUCCGGUUCAGGAUCAAGCGGCAGUGGCAUGCAUCAUGGUUCGCGCAGCAAAAUGUACUCCAAGCACCACAACUGCGCCAAGUGCAACAGUCGCGCCCAACAGCAGUCGGCGGCAGCGGCGGCGGCGUCUGGCAACGGAGUUAGUUGCUCCUACCGCGACUGCCAAGGCUAUGCAUCCUCCUCAUCAUCUUCCACGUCCUCCAAGGCAUCAUCAUCAUCAUCAUCCUCCACCACCACCACCUCCUCCUCGUCGAAGCCGCACAGCUGUUGUGUGGCAGCCACCGAGGCAGCUACGAAUGGCGGCGGUUGCAGCUGCCGGUUCCGGGACGGGGAACGGGAGUACACCUGCCAGAAGUGCACCGUGGAGCUGGCCAACAUGAAGACCCGCUCCAAAAUGGACCAGCUGCGUCUGGUCAUGCAACAGCACAAGCAGAAGCGAGAGGCCCGGAAGCUAAAGAGUGGUCCGUAUGCCACGCCCACAGCCACUGCCCAGGCGGCAGCUCAGAUCACGGGUGGCACAAGCACUCCGGGUGCUUCGGGACCUGCCACAUCGAUGCAAUAUAGUGCUGUUAGUGCCCUGGUGGCGAAUAAUGAGAAGGGAACUACUCCCAAGGGCAGUACUACAAGUGGCAGUAACACAGCAACAGCAACAACAACAUCAUCUCCCACAACAACAACAACAACAACAGCGGCGGCGGCAGCUGCCACAGCGGCAGGGGCAGCGACAGGUGCAGGGGCAGGGGCAGGUGGUGGUGGGGGGAGUGAAGUCUCGCCGAAUCACAUUGUGGAGGAAGUGGAUACGGCGGCCUAAAGUCUAACCCUAAAAAUGAUCCUAUUUUUUAGCAUUUACUAGUAUAGUAUAUAGCAAGAAGAAGAAGAACACAACAACAAACAUCAACACAACAAAGAAGAAGAAAACUAAAAACAAAACACUGGAAAAAAAAAAAACAAUUGGAUUCGCGAGUGCAUCAAAUAAGACUUAAAAAAAAAAUAUUAAGACGCACAGACGCAUGGCAAAAAAAGAAGAAGAGUAGGGGCAUUACAUAAUUACAAAAAAAAAAAAAAAACAAAACAAAAACAAAGGACGCUGUUAAAUUAAUUUUAAGAGAAAACAAUAACAAGAACAAGAAGAACAAGCAGAACAACGGGAUAACAACAGAGAGGAAGAGAGAGAGUAAAGAGAGCUCCUUCAACUAUUAAUUAUUAACAUUCAAGAGAGAGAGAGAGAGGAAUUUGUUUUUUGAAGACGAUUUUGUGAACAUGUUGAGACACGAAUCGGAUCGGAUAAAGAGCUGCACUUUCGAAGAAAUACACUGGAAAAAAAAAUCAUUUCAUGCUUUGUAAAUUGAAUUUAGUGAAAUUUUCUUUCAACACACCCCCCCCCCCAACCCAAUGUCAACAAUUAAGAGAAAAAAAAAUUAAAAUUUAAUGGAAUAUAAAAUUUAGAAUUAUAAAGAAAAAAUAUGCUUAAAAAAAAAUUUAGUAGAGCUAAAAAAAAAAUGAAAAAUUAUACGCACAGAAGCACACACACACACCUUGGCUUUGGCAGCUUUAUGUUACAUUUUACACUGAAAGAAAAAAAAAGAUGGAAAAAAAACACAGAAUGUGGCGCUUUAAACCUAAUUUGCCUUAAUAGAAAAUCGUUUAUUAUAUUUAAUUUUUAUUCAAUUAUAUUACCCCCCCCCCCCCCCCCCCCCCCUCCCAGCGAGAAUGUGUUUUAAUUUCGAAUUAAAUUUUAUUCACACACACACUAUUAAAUUAGUUAGUAAGUUACUAUGUUCUCUAUUCAUUUAAAAAAAAAAAAACAAAAAAAUUAUCCAACUUUUAUGAUUAUUGUUAGUUAAGUUUUCCCUUAAAAAAUCAUAAACAGAAAUUAAAAAAAAAUAAGAAACAAAAAAGUGUCUAAGCUAACCUACUUUGUAGAUUUAAAUUAAAUGUGUUUUUUUUUUAUUAUUAUAAUUAUAAUUAUUAUUCCUACACCUACACACACACACACACACACACAAACAAUUGUCCUAAAAAAAUUCUAUUUUUAAAAAUAAUGCAAUUAGUUUUUAGGCGAGUUUUGAACUUUUGAGUUGAUUUCAUUACAAACACUACUUGAUUUUAAUAAAUGUUUAGUAAAUGGUUUAGUUAACAUGUAAAAAAUGGUAUUUUUAUUUAUUUUUAAUAUUAUUUUAUUUGAUUUUUUAAUAUUUUUUAUUUCAAUUUAUUUUUGAGCUUCGAAACCCCCUUUUUUCAUGAAACUGAACACGUUUGAUCCUGUUUCUUGUGUUCCUUAUGUGCAAUACACUGCGAGAAAAAAAUACACACAUCAUCCAUUAAACUUUUUAUUUAUUUUAGAAAAAGAUGUGCCAAUUGCAGAUACAAAUAAUAUAUAUGGGAUAUAUAUAGAAGAUAUAUAUAAUAUAUAUUAUAUAUAUGUGGAACUUUAGUAAGAAUUGUAAAAUACAUAACCUCCUCACCCUCACACACACACACACACUCACACACACUCGAGAGAGAGAGAAAAAGGAGGAGGAAGAGUAUCGACCAAAAGGAAACUUUGAAACACUGAAAAAAAAAUAAUAAUAAUCUAACCUAAAAAAUAUAAAGGAUAUGUGCAAGCUAAGAACAGUUAUGUGCAAUUUUUACAAAAAAAAAAAAAAAGGAUAAGAGGCCCUCUUUUUUUUUAGUUUCUUAGUUGUAUACCCCCCCCUCUACUUAGCUAUCCAUCUAUAUAACUUUCCAUGUCUAUUUCUUCAUAAAUUAAAAUUAAA